ACGGAUGGUUCUGAUUGGACCAACAUCUUACAACGCUGGUUAGUUUCACUUCCCUCGUGAAUUUCAGUUCCUUGAAAUGGAGGCGGCUUUAAGAGCGGCGUUGAUAGUGUUAGUCUUCCAGCGUGAAGAGGUCUCCGCAGCCUCCCAUUUUCUCCGUUUUUUUCUGACGUCCACAACUGAGAUUCCCGACUUCCCACAGUUACUGUUUGCCGGUUACGUGGACGGUGUCCAGUUCAUGACCUACAACAGUGACCGGCCAUUGGUUCCCCAGGACCAGUGGAUGAGUAAGAGUGAGGGGGCCAAGUGGUGGAGGAGGAAGCUGGAAUUUGCCAAGGGUCGAGAGAUUGCACUUAAGCAAUUUUCUUCAUUCAUUAUGUCUCAGAGUAAUCAUUCGCGUGGAGCCCAUACCCUGCAGCAGAUAUUUGGCUGUGAUCUGGAGGAGGACGGGACCUCGAGUGGCUUCUCCCAUUACAGCUGGGACAGCAUGGAUGUGAUGCGCUUCGACCAGGGCCACAUGUUCUGGGUGACAUCAUCACCAUGGGCACAGAACAUCAAAAACCAGUGCAGUGCAGAUCUGGUCCGUAUUAAGAGACUGAAGGACUUCCUGGAGAAGGAGUGUGUGCAGUGGCUACAGAGAUAUGUAGAAUACGGAGAGAGGGAAUCACGAGUGGUGGCUCCCCAGGUGACGUUCACGCCUUUGGACCACAGCCAGCACCUCUCCUGCUUGGCCACCGGCUUCCACCCCCCAUCCAUCGAGGUGACUCUGUGGCGGAACGGGACCAUCUUACACGAGGCCUACUCCAGCGGGCUGCUGCUCAAUCACGACGGCACCCACCAGAUCCGGAAGUGGGUGCAGGUCGAUCCUGCAGACCCGGGCCCGUUCUCCUGCCGGGUGGAGCACGGCGGACUGGAGGAUGCCCUCACCCUGAUUUACGUCCUCUCCCCAGACCGUGAAGCUCAACCCUGGAUCCCAUUAAUGGUGGGGCUCCUGGUCACCAUCCUGGUUCUCACCAUCAUCAUUGGUGCUGUGUACAGGUGGCGAGAGGGAGUGAAGAGGACCUACGUUGCCACACAGACCACAGAAGAUGCAGGAUCCUCGGCCAGUUCCCUCGGCAAUAUGAUCUCUCUGGCAGUCAGUGAGGACGAGAGGUUGACUGGGGAGAGGACUGAGAGAACUUCUCAGCUCAUCGCUUCAAGUCAAGGCUGCUUGAUUCUGGAUUGGGUCUCCAUGGAUCUGUGGUGGUCCCAUCAGCUCCCGCACGCCUCCGUUACUUUCUGGGUCCCAGAUACAGAGCGGACGGGUUCCCGGAGAAUGAUGGUGCUGAUGGUGUUGACUUUGCUAUGCGACGCUGUCUCCGCAGAAUCGCACUCUCUCCGGAUUUGCCUGACUUCCACAACUAAGAUUCCCAACUUCCCACAGUUAGUGGCUGUCACCAGCGUGGAUGGUGUCCAGUUUGUGGUGUACGACAGUCAUCGGAGGUUGGUUCCCCAAGAGCCGUGGAUGGUGAAGAGCGAGGGGGCCACGUGGCUGAAGAAGAAGUCACUUGCUGCGGAGUGGGAGAGGGCCCAGAAAAAACUUAUUCUCUUCAUAAUGUCUACGACCGAUCAAUUGAGUGAAAUCCACACACUCCAGCAGGAGAUUGGCUGUGACCUGAGGGCGGAUGGGACCACGAGAGGCUUCACCCGGUACAGCUGGGAUGGGGAGGACCUGCUGAGCCUGGACGAGGACCAGAUGGAGUGGGACACAUUUGCAAUGUGGGCAGAGAGGAUUAAACACCACUGGGAUCAGGACAAGGUCAACAUUCAGAAAUGGAAGUACUUCCUGAAGGAGGACUGUGUCCAGUGGCUGAGGAAAUUCCUGGCUUACGGAAAGAGGCAACUACGAGUGGACUCACCCAUCUCCCUUCCCCCAGUCCCUCCCCAGGUGACCUUCACCAUAUCAGCCGACACCAGCCUCCUCUCCUGCUUGGCCACCGGCUUCCGCCCCUCAUCCAUUGUGGUGACCCUGUGGCGGAACAGGACCAUCUUGCCUGAGGCCCACUCCAGCGGGCUCCUGCCCAAUCACGACAGCACCCACCAGAUCCGGAAGUGGGUGCAGAUUGAUCCCGCGGACCCGGCAUUGUUCUCCUGCCGGGUGGAGCACAGUGGACUGAAGGAUCCUAUCAUCUGGAAUUACGUGCGGGGAACUCAACCCUGGAUACAGCCUGACCUGCUGAGUAGCUCCAGCAUUUUCAGAGAGUGGCACUGGAUUUCACUCGGGAUCGUGGCCAUUUCCAUCAUCAUUAUCAUUGUCGUUGGCUGCUAAGGAAGGCGAGCUUCAAUCUUCCAGGAUCCUCGAGCAGCUCCAAUGCCAGCAACUAAGUGAUUCGACUGGUGGUCGAUUGGAUGAGGAACUCUCCUCAGUGAGGACCAAGAGACUCCAGGGCUAUAUCAGCUCAUCAUUCCAAGCCAACGCUCCUUGAUUUGAGAAGGCCUCUCUGCACGUGGUCUUGUGGAACUGGAGUGGAAGGCUGGUGUUAUGGACAUCUCCAGCAAGUCAAGAUUGUACUAGAGCAAAGAUAGCACAUUAACAGCCAGAACUGUCCAACACAGAGACAACAAAAGAGUAUGUAUCCUGUCAGAAUGUGCCAGACUGUAGAUUUGGCAUAUUGCUGAUGUGCAGCACUACAGGCUUAUGGGAUUAUGGCCAAAUAAGGUAUAAGAGACCAUGGAGCAACACAUUUCUUGUGCUAAGAUGUGGUCACUCUCAGGCCACAAUUAUGAAAUCUUGGUUACAGAUUUCGAUACAGAUGUGUGAGAUUAUGAACUUUUGGUUAUAGACGUGUUAGAUUGUAGACAAAUGGGAUUGCGGACACAUUGGAUUACGGAUACGUGAGAUGCACACGUGGUAUUGCUGAGUUGUCCAGUUGCGGGCGUGUCCGAUUGUGAACAUGUGGAAUUGCAGAUGAGGAUGUGUGAGAUUGAAGACUUGUCAGAUUUCGGAUGUACCCAGACAUGGGUUUAUGGAUGUGGAUAUGGGUAGCAUGGAGAGAUUAAUAAAAGAAUGUAUUAACCGUCGUUCUUAUUUCAUCCAUGAUCCUACUGACAAAGAGGUGGUGCUGGCAAAUUUAAAACAUGUUAAGAUUUAUCACGGAGGAUAAAUUCUCUUGGUUCUUACCAAGUGUAUCUGAGGACAUUGUUGGAAGCUAGGGAAGAAAUUGCUGGGGCGUUGUUGGAGAUGCUUGUAAAUAUUCUAGCCACACGGAGAGAGGCUGGGUGAUUGAAGGGUGCCUAAUACUUCAAGGACAAGCCAAGGCCAGUGAGGGUAACGUCAGUGUGGGAAGGCAAGGAUUUGGGAUGCUCAGUAUGGCAUUGGGUGUGUGCAGAAAAUCACAUCUCAUGAAUUUGACUGAGUUUGUUUUUGAAGAAGUAAUCUGGGUCUGACAAGUGCGAUAUGAUACACAUCGUCUUCAUGGACCUUUGAUGAGGUCCCAGAUCAGAGGCUGUUCUGGAAAGAUAGAUCACAUAAGGAUUGAGCACGUGCUAGCCAAUUAGAUAAUAAAUUGGCUUGGUGGUACGAGUCAUAGUGGACAGUGCUGAAGGAAUGAGCUGCCAGAGGAAGUGACUAAGACAGGUCCAGAAUCAGACCUGUCGUGUACAGGAUUAAAAUCAGCUGCAGAAAUUUGUAAAAUUACUCAACUCCAUCAUGGGUGCAAGUCUCCAAGGCAUCUUCAAGAAGCAGUGCCUGAGAAAGGUGGUGUCCAUCAUUUAGGGCCACGCACCACCACCCAGGAUACGUCGUGAACUGUAUUAACUUUAUGGUAGCAGUACAGUGAAAUACAUGAUAAAUAUAGAGAAGAGAACUGUUAGUCAAGUUAAAAUUUGAAAUAAAAAAACAAAAAAUAGGUAGUCUUCAUGGGUUCAAUAUCCAUUUAGAAAUCAGAUGCCAAAGCAGAAAGAAGCUGUUCCUGAAUUGCUAAGUGUGUGCAUUCAGACUUCUAUACCUCCCUCUCCAUGGUAACAAUGAGGAGUGGGUAUCCCCUGGGUGGUCCUAAAUGAUGGACACCACCCCUUGCAGAUGCCUUGGAGAUUUGUACCCAUGAUGGAGCUGAGUAAUUUUCCAGCUUUCUGCAGCUGAUUUUAAUCCUGUACAAUGGACACUCUUCCAGUGUGGUGCAGUCAUAAUGCUCUCCAUUUCU